UUUUCUUUGAUUGUCCCAUAUCUAAAUAACCAGCUCUUGAAUUUGACUUUUAGGGAGAAAGGUACUGUGCAGAAAAAAAGUGAAUGCUCUUCAUGAGUUGUUGAGGUCAGCAUAUCUUAAAGCUUUUCCUAUAGGCGGGAGCUAUUCCAAACUUUUUGGAAUGUCUUUUAGCGAGAUCCAUGUCUUUUAACCAUAUCUUUUGAUGAACAUCUUAGGGACAUUAAGAACAUGUCUUCUUAUCAAAUUCCAACGUGUUGGAAUAGCUUAGCUUGAUUAGUUAGUUUGUUACAAUUAGUUACAGUUUGUUAUUUUUCCCUCGUUCUAGCCCUUUGAUAUAAAUACUUGUAAUCUCUGUUUUGGUGGCACACUCUAGUAAAUGAAAGCAAUUUUCUCUUGUUCUCCUGGUCUUCAUUUUCUCUUCUCUCGCGGUUGAUCAUUUCGCCCAACAUGGUAUCAGAGCAAUUUCACAAUCGCGAAUCAGUUCAUCCCUAAUUCAUCUUCAUCCAUCCAUCUGCAUCAAUUCUCUCUGUGCAUCAUUUCGAAUUCAGCUCCAAUUGAUCUUCUGCAGCGAUAUUUACUUAACUUCAAUGGCGUCGAACAAUUCAGCUUCAUCUACAAUGGAUCCUUCUGAUCCUUUGUAUCUCCAUCCUUCAGAUCAUCCUGUUUUGAAUCUGAUUUCUACGAAGUUUGAAGGUGAAGGCUUCGGUUCUUGGCAGAAAUCCAUGAUGAUAGCCCUAUCUGCGAAGAACAAACUGGAAUUUGUUAAAGGACAUAUGUUCCAUCUCUCAGGGAAACUCAGAUGUCGCAGGUUACUACACCAAGUUGAAGAAGUGCUGGGAUGAAUUGGCAAUGGUGUCAAAUCUACCUAGAUGUUCAUGUUUGGAAAAUGGCCUCAAAGGCAAAUUAAAAUAUGUGGAGCAACAUGCUGUUUUCCGGACCGCAGAUAGAGAGGGGAACCAACUUAUAAACUCACCUGAUGAAA